GUGUUAACUGUAUGAAACCACCCGCGACCCGUGGAAAGUUCCAAAGAUGGCGGCGGUUCCUGUAAUAGUGGAGUGAAACUUUCCUAUUUUGCCAACGAUUUUGUCGACUUUUCCUCGUCUUCCGCUGACUUAUUCGGUCUGUUUAUUAAGGUGAACACUGCGGGACCACAGAGCGUGUGUGUGGCCAUCGUCGAGGUCAAACAGAGCGACUCAGGGAUCGGUUUAUGUUGGAGCGUCGCUGGGCUUCUUGGAAGUUGACGUUGGCUGACUGCCAUCGCGAUCACAGCCGCUCUUCACAACAGCUCGCUCGACGCGGAACCGUCAGCUGAGGCGGGACGUUGGCCGGGUAGCUAGCUAGCUAACCGGUCGAAAAGCGGUAAACACGGCUCGACUCGGCUCGGAUUGGUUCAGCUGGACCCCGUCAGGGCAAGUCGAAGACCCGGAGACGUGUCCCGUCAGUUGACAGUGGACAGAAAUAGGUGGUGUUAGAUGUCAGCAGCAGUCAGUGUCACACUGAAUGUGGUCUGCUGUUACCGUCAAUCCUGGCAAAUCAAAUGGAGAAGCUCCAGGACCUGAGCCAAUCAGAGCUUCAGGAGCUCCUGGACAACCCGGAGAGGGUGGAGUCUAUGGCUCAGGAAUCUGAUGAGAUCCAGAACAUCCAGCUGGAGAGAGAGAUGGCUUUGGCAUCAAACCGCAGCUUGGCUGAGCAAAACCUGGACAUGAAGCCUCGUUUGGAGUCCCAGAAGGAGGUGCUGGUGGCCAGAUACUCUCAGCUGGAGGACGUCAGAGAAACCUACAGACAUCACUGCUCCCUGAGAGAUGGGAUGAUGGGUCAGGUGUCUCCAGAAGCAUUGCUGUCUAGACUACAGACAGAGAGUGGCAGAACCGAGGCAGAGUCAGAGGCUCUGGCAGAUGAGUUUCUCGAGGGCUCUCUGCCACUGGACUCCUUCAUGGAGCGCUUCCUGUCCCUUCGCUCUUUGGCUCACAGGAGACGUGUUCGGAUGGAGAAACUCCAAGAAAUCCUGCGGCAGAGGAGUGAGGGCGACCCCACUUCCAUGACAUCAUCAGCAGGCGCCAGUCAGACCGCCGCCACCACCCCCUCCCCCUGGAACCAACAGACAACAACAGCAACAACAACAGAUCAUCAGCAGCAGCCGGACUCCAAACCUCAGUCCUGCAGCUACCAGAACGCCUCUCAGCCGGUCCCCCCGACCGUUGGGGGCCCCUCCGGGCUCCCCUACAGCCCAUACCCCAUCUCUCCUCCUAACCCCCCUCCUGCAGCAGCGGCAACAGUCCCAAACAAUCCUCCACCCCAGUUCAGUCCUUACCCACCAUCUGGCUCACCGUUCCCCCCUGCAGGGGGCUACUCUGGGCCCCGGCCUGCUUUUGGGCCUCCAGCUGCUGUCACCUGCCCUUACCCAGCCCAGCCCUCCUUCCCCACCCCCCAUCCUGGCUCAGCAUUUGGUCAGUACACCCCCAGUCACCCCUCCAGCGGCCCUGCACCCUACCCAGCCUCCUACAGCUAUGGGGGCUACAGCUACCCUGCUGGGCCCCCCUACUCCAAUUCUCAGUCCCCAACAGGGAGGCCCAUGUACAGACCGGGAUAUGGAGUUCCACAGCCCUUCUCCUGAAAGCACUACACCUCUUCAUCCUCACUUCUUCAUCAUUCUUCCCUUCUUUGAUUCUUUCUGCCCCCCCAUCUCCUCUGUCUUUUCUCUCCUCCCUCCUCUAAUCUCUUCAGAGGUCUGUUGCUUUACUGAACUUUGUUGCACUAUUUCUGUCCAUGUCAGUCCUCUGUCACCCCCCGUCAGGCCCAGUCACCCCCCCACACUAGUCUCAGGUUGUUGCCUUGUGUUGAAGUGUUAAACACUUGUUUGUGGCUUCAUCCACUCCUCCUCCUCCUAUUGUCCGAGGCUCCCUCCUCUUCAGGCGUGUGUGUUGCUAUGAAGUCUUGAUGAACACACAGGGACACUCCUCUUCCUGAUGAAGAUCGGUAGCAGCUGUACGAAAUGAUCCAGCUGUGUUCACAAUAGAACCCAAGAUGCAGUUAAAUAAAGGAGAUUUUAGAAUCCGUCAUCUUAGUUCUGCUGGUGUGGAUUCAGAGUUAUUGGCUAUCUGGACACGAGCUGCUGUAACUUCGGGAUUUUCUUUCUGUUCACAGAGAAAUCAGAAAAGGAAAACAGCUUUACUGAAUCAGUUCUGAUGCAGACAAAAAAAAGGCCAACUUUCUGACAUGAUAGAAUAAUCCCAACCCAGACCUCUCCUGGUGUCUUUGUACCACAGCACCACCUGCUGGCCACAUCGUGAAAUCACUGCAAACAGCAGGUGAAGCUGUCUGAGCUCAAAUCCACCUGCCAGCAGGUUGAAGACCCAGAUGCAACUGAACGUGACUCAGUAAAGUUUGUUUCUGUUCAGUAAAAUGCAGGAAGGUGGUUCUCAGCUCAGCUUUAGUCUGUGGGUCAGGAUCAUAUGAAACAUUACUGCAGUAUGACCCUGAACAUGGAGGAUAUCUGCAGUUUGUUUCACCAGACAGCGCCACAUCAUCAUCAUCACUUCUGAGAAGUUUACUGUAAACCUGACGUCUGAUAACUUCUUCACACAUUUAGUUUCGAUCAGCUGAUUUUCUUCUCCUCUGUCCUCCACAUGGAGCCUCACCCUCUUCCUCUGCCUCCACCCUUCCUCUUCAUAUCUGCUUGUUGAACAUGGUCUGAAGUUUUCUUUGGUCCAUGUCUUGGUGCCGUGCGUGUGAAGGUGGAGACUGCUGAUCAGAUUUAUUAUUUAGACUUAUAUUCACUUAUUUGUAAAGCUCCAAUUCACAACAAACCUCACCUCAAGAUACAGUCCAAUUUAAUCCAGUUAGUCCGAUUCAUUCUGGUUAGAAUCAGAUCUAAUCAGUUGUUCUGGUUCUUUCCGGUUAAAACUAGAUUCUACCUGUUGCAAUCAGAAUCAGUCCAGUUAUAAUGCGGUUCAGUCCCAUUGUAGACCGAUUCGGUCACUGAAGCUGCAGUGUUUCAGUGCUGAAUGGAGGCUCCUCCCUCUGCACCAACCAACAUCCACCCUGUUGAUCUGAGGACUGAAGUCAUCCUGGUGCACAGCAGAGGGUUGUUUCUAACUCACAAACCUCCACCUGUUGCACCCACCUGGUUCCCACCAGGACCCACUGCAGCGAACCAUGUGAGGAGAGAAGCUGCUCCUCGAUGUGGAGAUGAUGAAGGUGGACGUUCAGCAGCUGAGUGAAGGGAAGAAGCAGCAUGUCGGAGACUCAACGCUCAGUCAUCGUUUCUGUCCCUGCUGGGCUGUUACUGAGCCGUCUGCACGACCACGUUUCUUGUGGAAAUGUUGUCGACUCCACCUGCUGACAUCCGCCAGCAGCGUCCUCUGGACUGUCUCUGUGUCAGGUGGGACAAGUUGGAUGAUCACGAUGAAGUCCCAUCAGAACCCAGCUGAUCCUCUCCAAACCGGGUCAGUCGUACUGUAGAUGGAGCGCAGCAUGGAGGCGCACCUGUCCUUACCUGCUGCAGCCACUGAUCAUGUCACUGAUGUCAGACAGCUGUGUCUGAUGGGUCCAGUAGUCAUGUUGUAUCUGACAGAAGUGUUUAAGGAUGAUGAGCCGUUCUGCUCUUCAUCUUCUCCUCCACCACCUCAGCUGCUGAUGUCAAACUCCUGAAUCACCUGAGCUGCAGAUGAGUCUUACCUUUACACACACACACACACACAGACACACACACUCUGCCUGGAUCACCAGGAGCUUUCAGAUCCUACUGAGACAUGAAUGAUGAGGUUUAAACUGAGCACUUAGUGCCAGAUGAUGAUGAUGAUGAUAGUAUCGUGUUUUAGAAAAAGCACAAGGGAAACGUCCUAAUAUGGUCGAGCAUUAAUUAACAUUCUGAGGGAAAUAAGAGUCGGACAUGUUGGUCUGACACGAUGAUCCUGAUGAUUGUAGGUUGUUUAAAUCUUGUUUUUGUUUUUUUUUUCUUUUGGUUGUGAAUAAUUAAACUGGCGUUGAUUUGAA